UCCGUGUGACCAGUCACAAAUUUCCUGCCCAGUUUGCACUCGCAUAUAUUGUGCAUCAGAUGAUAAAGUUCGCUAUACUCAACAUCGUUAGCAAUAAUGCCUUAUCCAAGAGUACAGCCGAAAAUAAAUUAUAUGAGUGGCCAAUUUAAAAUAGAAUGUCAGGAACAUGGUCGCCUUCUGCAACAUCAAAUUACGGCCCUCCACAGGCUUUAUGAAUGGUUUGGUGGGGAAAAUAUCAGAAACGAUAUAGCUUUGGUAUGCAUGCCUACCGGUUCAGGUAAGACUGGAAUUAUCGCUUGCCUGCCAUACUGUCUUGGCUGUAUUUAUGAAGUGGACGGUCAACCGCGGUACCCAUUCGACAAACCUAUUCUAGUAGUUGCUCCUGACCUUGCAAUACAAAAUCAACUGGUAGAAGAGUUAACCCUAUUGACGCCUAAAACGCCAUUUUUAAAACGAAGAAACAUCGUCCCGGAUGAUCGGAACGACGUUCUUCCUACGGCGAUGAAGAUCGAGAAUAAAGAUGAUUUGAGUGACCAACAAAAUCUCCGAAACAAGGAAUUAAUCAUCACGAAUGCACAGAAAUUCGUGGGCGAAGAUUGGAUGAACGACUUCGACAGUAACUUGUUUCGCCUUCUCAUAGUAGACGAAGCCCAUCAUUAUCCGGCUGCCACAUGGAAACGGAUUGUUGAUAAAUUUCGCAGCACAGAAUGCCCCGUUGUGUUUUUUACAGCCACGCCAUUUCGAACGGACGGGCAGUUAGUGUUGGGGGAACAAAACGGGACUGGUAUUGCUUAUCAUCUUAAAUUAAACGAUGCAGUUAAUGGAAGAAUAAUACGUGAGAGCAGUUUCCAUGAAAUUGAUGCAGAAGGUGAGCCUAGGUUUCGGAAUCCGGAAGCUUACACAGACGCCGAAAAAAGUCGCGCACGUAAAACGGUUGCAAUCCUCGACAAAGUAAAAGAGUUGCUGGACGAUAAAAGAAGAAAUUUUCGCGAUGCACCGCAUAUGGCCAUAGCUAUAUGUAACAACGUUAAACAAGCACAGCUACUUCUUGAACUUUGGCAAAGUUCCUACCCUAACGAAUCAGCCGAUUGCUACCACUCUAAAAUGCAAAGACAAAGACAAGAAGAUGUUAUGAGUCGACUAAAAGACAACCAAUUGAGUCUGGUCAUUGUUGCAAGAAAACUUCUAGAAGGCUUCGAUCACCCGCCCAUCAGUAUUGCUGCCAUUACAUAUAAGAUUACAUCGCCUGCCCGCUUUGUCCAAUUCGUCGGAAGAGCACAGCGAAUUCUUCGCCGGGAAGGAUAUAUUGAAUCCGAGGAGUUACUCGCCGACAUCGUAACUCACAAAGAUUACAAACAACAACGGAAUUUCGAUAACUUUAAGACUGAGAAACUUAUCGCCGAAGUGAGAGGCGAUGAAGAUGAUGACGACAAUGAUGCGUGAGGACGAUGUUUUACAGUCUGAUAUCUAAUUUCGCCUCGAAAAAUUUGUUCCUACAAUGUUAUGUCUUAUCAUAGUCUAUAUAUCAUUGUCUAUGACAUGUCUUUUGGAUUGUCUAUGGUUAUAUCGAUAGUAAUGAUGAGCAUAGUUUUAACUUUAAUGAUGUAGCUUUAGUAUUUGCAUGUAUAAUGAACAUGAUUUAAAUUUAUAGGAAAAAUUUACCAGGAAAGAACUUUGAAUUUUGAACCUUAUUACUUAUAUAGUUCAGGUUAUUAGGAUACCAUAUCAAUGAUUUAAUAAAGUUUUUUUAUAGGCUUAAUCCUUGGUUCGGGCUGAACGUUUGCUGGAUUAGACUUAGUGUUUCGAUUUGACAAUAU